ACAGAAGAGAAACUUCCUUGACUGCAGAGGUGACUUUGUGACAGCAACUGCGAGGACGUUAUUUUAUUUAUUUUUAUUUUUUUUAAAUUUCUUUUUCAAAUGAGAUACAAAUUAGUUUUCAGAUAAACUGCACCGCUUUAAAGAGGGAUCAUGAGCCGUGGAUCUAAGAGUAAGUCAGAGAAUGUGCGGAGCUCUCUGCUGAGCCAACAGGAGAGUGAGAAGCUGGAGGAGCUGCUGGGCAGAAGGUGUGCUUCCAUGGCCACGGCCGUGGCUCAGCUGUUCAUGGCUCUGCCGCACAGUCCCGCCGUUUGGAGCUUGCAGCACACAGGAGUGGUCUGCUUCGUCAAAGACAACCCCCAACGCUCCUACUUCAUACGGAUGUUUGACGUAAAGGCAGGGAGGAUGAUCUGGGAGCAAGAGCUCUACAACCAAAUAGUUUACUCUUCACCACAGCCUUUCUUCCAUGCCUUUGCUGCAGAUGAUUGUCAGGUGGGACUAAACUUCUCCGAACUCCAGGAAGCAAACGCCUUCCAAAAUGCUGUCAUUGAGAAAAUCAACCAGAGAAACAACCGUCAAGAGAAGAAACAGCGACCCCCGCCGAAAAGUGAUAGAGGAUUCUUACCUCCGGCCCCACCUGAAAAAGGUGCAGCUCAUUUUCCUCCCUCUGCCGGCCCCGGCUCCUUCCACAUGGCCACGGUGGACAUCCAGAACCCAGACAUCCAGUCGUCGCGCUACCGCUCCAUGCCUUCCCCCCUGGCUCCUUCAGCUCUGCUCGACAAAGGGAAGAAAAGCAAGAAGGCAAGAAAAAAAGUGCCUAAGCUCUCCAAAGCAGACAUAGGAGCACCCAGCGGAUUCAAGCAUGUGUCACAUGUUGGAUGGGACCCCAACAACCUUGAUCCUGAUCUGAUGCAGCUCUUCUCCAAGGCCGGCAUUAGUGAAGAUGAGCUCAGGGAUGAAAAGACCUCCCAGCUCAUCUAUGACAUCAUUGAGCAGUCCGGGGGCAUGGAGGCCGUGAAGCGGGAGGUGAACAGUGGAGGCGCUGCCCCUCCACCCCCCCCACCUGGCAGACAGGGACCCCUGCCUCCUCUGCCCGGCCCCGGCCCCGGCCCCUCCGGUCCGGCCCCCCCUCCCUCCCGAGCUCGCUCCGGUCCCCUGCCCCCCCUCCCUGGCCAGCAGCGGGGAGGGCCCUCAGCCAAGCCCCCUCCGCUGCGCGGGGGUCCGCCACCCCCCCCUCCGGCGAGCCGGGCCGGUCUGCCCCCACUGCCCCCGCCGGCGCACCCGGGGCCUCCUCAGAUGCCCCCGUCCUCCAAGCCCUCUCACAGCAUGCCGGCCCCCCCUCCACCAUCAAACCAGCGCUCCGGGGGCGUCCCUCCUCCUGCUCCCUCCACACCCAGCAGAGGAGGGGGAGGGGGAGGGGGGCCUCCACCCCCACCUCCCCCACCUCCACCCCCACCUCCUCUAACCUCCACUCCCUCAGACUCCCCAGCCCCCCGACCCCCGGCCCCCCCCUCCUCCUCUGGAGGAGGAGGAGACGGAAGAGGAGCUCUGCUGGACCAGAUACGAAUCGGGAAGAGUCUCAAAAAAGUGACGGAGAGCCCUGACCUCCCUGCUCCUGCAGCACCAGGGGGGGAAGGGGAAGGCAUCGUGGGGGCUCUCAUGAUGGUCAUGCAGAAGAGGAGCAAGGUCAUCCAUUCCUCCGACGAAAGCGAAGAUGACGGCGGAGACGAAGACGAGGAUGACGAUGAAUGGGAUGACUGAUGUGGCAGCUCUGAUUUUUGUGGAUUCUGAAGCUGUGAAACUUUUUGAAAAAUGUUUUACCGUCCAGCUGUUACAUGGGAUGACGCCACUGAGGCAGUCAGUGCAAACUGGAGUACGACUUGUGUGUGUAUAUAAAACUUUGUAUGCAAUUAAAUAAAUGAACUCGUAGUUGAACAUAAAAGACUGAAAGUGCAAUGAUUAUACAUUUGUCCAAGUAUUUCCAGUGUAUCAUCGACAUAACAAAACAUCGCUGAGACGGUGAGGAUUUCUGACUGGAAAGUAUCUUGUUUUCUUGAACUUCCCGUUAUUAUUUUUAAAUCUGUGAAACCUGCAUGUGACAGAACGCCAGCGAACAAGGACCCUUCUGAGCCAGAUUCAUUCCCAUUUUUAUGGCAUACUGUACAUAAAAAAAUCAGGUUCUUUUAUUAUUUUCUCAUACAUUUGUGCAAAAAUCCCCAUUUCCCUCAAAUACCACCACCGACAAAGUGCAUAACUGGGAAAACACUGUACGCUACAAAUAUGUUCCACACUCACAUACCGUAGCCUACCAAAGCACAGGACAGUAAGGGCAUUAUUACACGUCAACAUCCAAUGGAAUUAGCUUAACAGAAUACAUUACACCUUACAAACAUCAUAGCAAGUUCGGAGAAACAGUGAAAUGUACAACUUGCAACAAACAACAAUGCGCAUGCAAAAUAUGCAUUUUUGUCGCCAUUAGCAUCAUACAACACAAGGCUAAUCUGAAGAACAUAUCAUGAACAUACACAUAUUCACAAUCAAUAUAUUACAUUUCUGUUUAAAGAUUCAUACUGGAAAGCAAAGCUGUGUAUUUUUUUGUUUUGUUUUUCUGUUUGUUUGGUUUUUUUGCAUUUUGUAGCCCAUUAACUACAGGAAUCCAUGUACUUUACAUCUCAGUCAGUCUUUUUCCCUAGAACACCAAGUGUGUGUGAAACGUGUGAUCAAUUCCACCGAUCAGCCUUAAAU